AAUUUUCUCCCAAUUCAUAAUAUUUACAAGAUUUACCAAUAUCUCCCCCUUCAACUCAUACAAACGAUUACCGUGUUCUCUUGACAGAAGAACGAUAUAUUUCCUACCGCUAUGGCAUCCUUUCGACGUUUCCGUCCAGAUGACCUAGACAAGUUUUCCAAGUGUAAUCUCGACCCUUUGACCGAGACAUACGAUCUAAGCUUCUACCUUCAGUAUUUCGCCAAAUGGCCUGCAUUGUUCCAGGUCGCUGAGGAUCCUAGCGGAAAUAUUAUUGGUUACAUCAUGGGCAAACUGGAGAGCUCUCCGGACUACUUCAAGUACUCAGAGCAUUAUCUACCGUGGCACGCACAUAUCACUGCCCUAACAGUGGCCCCUGAAGCCCGUCGCCUUGGAAUUGGGAAAAUUCUUUCAGAAAAGCUUGAAGUUGCUGCAGAGGCUGGUGACGCAUGGUUCAUCGAUCUAUUCGUGAGGAAAAGCAACACGAGAGCUAUCAACUUCUACGAGAGCAUGGGCUAUAGCGUAUAUCGUGUAGUCAAGGACUAUUACGGCGAUAAUGUCAGCGACCCCACUGCUCAUGGGGAGGACGCUUAUGACAUGCGUAAGCCCAUGUCACGAGAUAAAACACUGAAGCAUAUUCGAGAGGACGGGCGUGACCACGCUGUUCAGCCGGAAGAUGUAUUCUGAUGGGUGAGGGUUUCCUGUUUGCGCGCUACAUUGCGCCGUCGACAGAAUAGACACUUCCACUCACGUACUUGCUAUCGGGGCCUAAGAGGAAGGCAAUAACGUUGCCACACUCCACAGAAGUCCCCUGCCUAUGGAAAGCCGCUGCAUCAUCGUAUGGCGCAU